AUGGCCGCGGUCAGUCAGGACUUGAAGGCGGCAAAAGGACCACUGCUUAACCUGUUAUCAACGAUUCUCAUGGCUCUGUCAGCUGAAUUCAUGACACUCAGUCACAAAGGAGGAAUACCGGGUUUCCAACUGCUAUUUUUACUGAGUGUCACGCAGUUUCUGACCGUCAUCGUGUUCAUUCCGUGCGUCUGUCCCAGGCUGGUGGGCGAAAAUCUGCGACAGAACGGCAAACUGAUUCUAAUGACGGUCAUAAACGUAGUGUCUAGCACACUGAUGUACUUAUCCUUUACCUACUCCUCCCCUGGAAUCGAGAUUGGAAUAAUCCAGGGAAGCGCGCCGCUUUUUACAGCGUGUUUCGGCUUCAUUUUGUUAAAGGAGACCGUGACUCUUGUCCCGUGUUGCGGGAUUCUCAUCAGCGUGAUAGGCGUGGUUCUAGUCGGUAUCGGGAUGGGACACGAGGGUUCAGACUCCACCCAAAAUCUCGCCAUAUCCAUUCUCCUGCCUCUGUCUGCUGCCCUGACCAGGGCGCCGGGAAUGGUGCUGUUCCGUGCUGUUCUGAAGGACCUGUCAGGCAUUACAAUCAUGCUGUACCUGUCAGCGUUAGGGACAGUAGCGCAGUUCAUACUGACUUAUUCACUAGAAACUCCUGUGUGGACCAUGUCGGCACAAACGGCAGGGUUCGUCGCAGGGUUGGGUCUAACCCAGGCCCUGGCCACGCUAACCCUUCUGGGAGUACUGGACGUGGAAAAGGCAGCCAUCGCUGUUGCCAUGGGAACGCUGGUUGUACCAAUCACCAUCCUCCUGGACUACCUGUUCCUGACGAAGGUACCGGGACUGCUGAAGUGGGUGGGGUUGUCUCUGGUGGUACUCGGCACCGUGGUACUGAGUAUCUACACUUGGUGGAAGCAUCGACAAGAGGAAAGGCAUCAAAAUCUACUGGAGGAGUUGAAUUUUUCACCUAACCCAGCUCUGCAAGAGGAUGAAAACUGA